CUGCUGGGUCCCGGUCUCAGAGAUAAGUGAUGGUGCCAUUUGAGCACCAGCUGGAAACGGGCCAGGACCAGAAACUCUUGGAGCACACUGGCCGUAUCAGGAACCAGGAUGUGGGGAUGACGCCUCUGGAGGCCUGGGCCUCCCUCCCGCCUGGGUGCUAGGAGCCGUUCCCAGGCUCCAGCCAGGAGCCCUGCCACCAAGGGGUAUGGCCAAACCUUUCUUCCGACUCCAGAAGUUUCUCCGCCGCACCCAGUUUCUGCUCUUCUUCCUCACGGCUGCCUACUUGAUGACAGGCAGCCUGCUGCUGCUGCAGCGGGCCCGAGUGGCCCUCCCACAGGGCCCACGGGCACCUGGCCCCCUGCCUGCCUUACCUGUGGCCGCCAUGGCGCUGGGCGUGGGCCUCCUGGACAGCAGAGCCCUGCAUGACUCCCGUGUCAGUCCGGAGCUGCUGCUUGGUGUGGAUGUGCUGCGAAACCCCCUGGCCCGGCCCCGACCUGGACCUCGCUGGCUCAGGAGCCGCAACUCAGAGCUGCGCCAGCUGCGACGCCGCUGGUUCCACCACUUUAUUGGUGAUUCCCAGGGUCCACCAGCCCUGGGCCCUGAGGCCCCUCGGCCAGCUGCCAGCAGCCGAGGCACCUAUGUUGGAUGUUUCAGUGAUGAUGGCCAGGAGAGAACCCUGAAGGGGGUUGUGUUUUAUGACCUGAGGAAAAUGACCAUCUCUCACUGCCAGGAUGCCUGUGCUGAGCGGUCCUAUGUCUAUGCUGGCUUGGAGGCUGGUGCUGAGUGCUACUGUGGGAACCGACUCCCCGUGCUGAGUGUCGGGCCGCAGGAAUGCAACCACGAAUGCAAAGGGGAGAAGGGCUUUGUGUGCGGUGGAGCUGGUCGGCUCUCCGUGUACCGUGUGGAAGAGCAGCAGCCAGGCCCCAGGAAGAGGAGGAGCUUCACAUAUCGUGGCUGCUUCCGAGUGCCAGAGAACACCACGCACACCUUCCCUGACUCUCUGGUCCAGGCCAACAUCACUGUGGAGACAUGUUCCGGGUUUUGCUCCCAUAAGGAGUUUCCCUUGGCCGUGCUCAGGGGCUGGGAGUGCUACUGUGCUUACCCAACCCCCGAGUUUAGCCUGCAGGAUGCUGUUGAUGGUGUGCUGUGCAGCCAGGAGCCAGAGGCCCAGAGACUGGCAGAAUACUGCCAGGUCUACCAGACGCCCGUUCAAGACACUCGCUGCACCGACAGGAGGUUCCUGCCCACCAAAUCCAAAGUGUUUGUGGCACUGUCGAGCUUCCCAGGGGCUGGAAACACGUGGGCACGGCACCUCAUCGAGCACGCCACUGGCUUCUACACCGGGAGCUACUACUUUGAUGGCACACUCUACAACAAAGGGUUUAAGGGUGAGAAGGACCACUGGCGGAGCCGGCGCACCAUCUGUGUGAAGACACAUGAGAGUGGCAGGAGGGAGAUUGAGAUGUUUGACUCAGCCAUCCUGCUGAUCCGGAACCCGUACAGAUCGCUAGUGGCCGAGUUCAACAGGAAAUGUGCCGGGCACCUGGGCUAUGCAGCUGACCGUAACUGGAAGAGCAAAGAGUGGCCAGACUUCGUCAACAGCUACGCAUCCUGGUGGUCCUCUCACGUGCUGGACUGGCUCAAGUAUGGGAAGCGGCUGCUAGUGGUGCAUUACGAGGAGCUGCGGCGCAGCCUGGUGCCCACUCUGCGGGAGAUGGUGGCCUUCCUCAACGUGUCCGUGAGCGAGGAGCGGCUGCUGUGCGUGGAGAACAACAAGGAGGGCAGCUUCCGGCGACAUGGCCGGCACGCUCAUGACCCCGAGCCCUUCACCCCGGAGAUGAAGGACUUGAUCAAUGGCUACAUCCGGACAGUGGACAAGGCCCUGCGUGACCACAAUUGGGCUGGGCUGCCCAGGGAAUAUGUGCCCAGAUGAUAGGCCCUGGCUCAAUGUUCCCGCCCACCCUGGGCUAUCCCAAUGCUAAGACACUCGGGCUGGCAGCUUCCUCGGACCCAGCACUGCUGCAGAUGCUGCUGUAUCCUGCAGAAGUCCCUUCAGGCACUGAACUCAGCCCUUUGCCCAGCACAGAUUCACAGGACAUACAGACAGCGCCUCUCUGACAUGCUUUCCUGGCCCUCCACAUGCACGGUGCCUACAUCAACAGCUUCGACUUGCAGAGUCCCCUGCUCAGAUAGCAUAGGUUCUAUGUGUAUCCCAAAACUGGUGGCUGCCUCUCACACUCAGACAUCCACCCUGGCUCUUGGAGGCCACUUCCAAAUUUUCAGGCCAGAGGUGUGAACUUGCAUGUCAGGGUGCCUAGGGCAGCUGGGAGCAGCGAGCAUGGGGUGAGCUCUGGGACUGAUGCUACUAGGCUGUGUGGUUCAUGU